AUGCACCCACGCAGAGCGCGAAUCUCAAGGUAUUUUCCGGCCCGCCGGCCGGGGACGGGCGGCUCGGUGGCCCAGUUCCGCGGCCAGGCGCGGCUACCCCGCUUCGCCGCGCCGCGCCGUUACGAGCUCCGCCUCCGCCCCGACCUCGUCGCCUGCACCUUCUCCGGCUCGGUGGCCAUCACCGUCGCCGUCUCCGCGCCCACCCGCUUCCUCGUGCUCAACGCCGCCGACCUCUCCGUUGACCGCGCCUCCAUCCACUUCCAGGUUCUGGCGCCCGAGGAGGUGGUCUUCUUCAAGGAUGACGGUAUACUGGUGCUCGGGUUUGCGAAGCAGUUGCCGCUUGGCGAGGGCGUGCUCAAGAUGGACUUCAACGGGACUCUCAACAACCAGAUGAGAGGCUUCUACAGGAGCAAGUACCAGCAUAAGGGGAAGGAGAGGAACAUGGCGGUGACACAGUUUGAGUCUGUAGAUGCGCGGCGGUGCUUCCCCUGCUGGGACGAGCCUGCAUUCAAGGCAAAGUUUAAGCUAACACUUGAAGUUCCGUCUGAGCUUGUAGCACUGUCCAACAUGCCUGUAGCUACCACGACAGUUGCUGGUCCUAUAAAGACUGUCCGUUACGAGGAAUCGCCACUUAUGUCAACUUAUUUAGUGGCCAUAGUAGUUGGUUUGUUUGAGUAUGUAGAGGGUGUGACAUCACAAGGCACGAGAGUUCGUGUGUACACUCAAGUUGGUAAGAGUAGUCAAGGGAGGUUUGCACUAGAUGUUGGAGUGAAGUCGUUGGAUCUCUAUAAAGAUUACUUUGACACUCCUUAUCCACUUCCCAAGUUGGAUAUGGUUGCUAUCCCUGAUUUUUCUGCUGGAGCGAUGGAGAACUAUGGAUUGGUCACAUUCCAGGAACUAGCUUUGCUUUUUGAUGAGAAGUCGUCAUCAGCCUCCAGCAAACAGAAGGUUGCCAUUAUUGUGGCACAUGAAUUGGCUCAUCAAUGGUUCGGCAAUCUUGUAACCAUGGAAUGGUGGACUCACUUGUGGUUAAAUGAGGGAUUUGCUACAUGGGUGAGCCAUCUAGCAGUAGAUUCCAUUUUUCCGCAAUGGAAUAUCUGGACUCAGUUUCUUGAUAACACAACCGGUGCUCUAAGAUUGGAUUCAUUAGAAGAGUCUCAUCCUAUUGAGGUUGAAAUAAACCAAGCCAGUGAAGUUAAUGAGAUUUUUGAUGCUAUUAGCUAUGACAAGGGUGCUUCUCUUAUCCGGAUGCUACAAGGUUACCUUGGCGCAGAUCGUUUUCAGAAAGCACUGGCUUCAUAUAUGAAGAAAUAUGCAUACUCAAAUGCUAAAACCGAGGACUUAUGGGCUGUAAUUGAAAAGGAAACUGGUGAACCUGUCAAGGAUUUGAUGUCUACAUGGACGAAGCAAAAAGGGUACCCUGUCAUUAAUGCAAAACUUAAAGGGAAUGACAUGGAACUUGAUCAGGCCAAGUUUUUAUUAGAUGGAUCAUCUAGCCCUGGCAUGUGGAUUGUCCCUAUAACUUCAGGCUGUGGUGUAUAUGAAACACCGAAGAAGUUCUUAUUCAAACUUAAACAUGAUAAGCUGGUCAUUGCUUCACAAUGUGCUGACCGCAAGAAGGGCGGAAACUUUUGGACUAAGUUGAAUAUAAAUGGAACAGGAUUUUACAGAGUUAAAUAUGAUGAGGAACUUGCAGCUGCACUUCAAAAUGCGUUGGAGACGAAUAAGCUCUCAGUAAUGGAUAAAAUUGGCAUUGUUGAUGACUCACAUGCCCUUUGUAUGGCCCGCCAGCAAACAUUGGCUUCAUUGCUACGUUUACUCUACUGUUAUCGUUGGGAAGCAGAUUUUAGUGUUCUUUCACACAUCAACUCGGUGACUACAAGUAUUGCUAAAAUAGCACUUGACGCUACUCCUGGCUUAGCCAGUGACAUCAAACAACUUUUGAUCAAGAUUCUUUUUUCACCUGCAGAAAAGUUAGGCUGGGAUCCCAAGAAUGGUGAGAGCCACGUGGAUGUAAUGCUUAGACCACUUCUCUUGAUUGCACUUGUCCAACUUGGACAUGGUAAGACCAUUAACGAAGGAGUUAGGCGCUUUAACAUCUUCAUACAUGACCACAACACUUCUCUUCUUUCUCCGGAUACUAGAAAGGCUGCAUACCUUGCUGUCAUGCAGAAUGUUAGUAGCUCAAACAGAUCAGGCUAUGAUGCUCUUCGAAAAGUCUACAGUGAGUCAGCUGAGGGGGAAGAAAGGUUUACUGUGUUAGGCAUAUUAUCUUCUUGCCAAGAUAAGGAUAUUGUCCUUGAGUCGCUGAACUUGAUUUUCGCCAAUGAGGUCCGCAUUCAGGAUACAUAUACUGCCCUUAGAGGUGUUCAAAUAGAGGCACGUGAAAUUGCGUGGAACUGGUUGAAGGAAAACUGGGAGCAUAUCUUCAAAACAUUUCCGGCGAGCAAACUAGUGUCAGUGUUUGUUGAAGACAUUGUCCCAUUGUUUUCCUCCAAUGACAAGGCAGCAGAGAUUUCCAAGUUCUUUGAGACCCGCACAACGGCACGAUUGGAGAAGACGUUGAAGCAGAGCCUUGAAGUGGUGCGGAUCAAUGCGAGAUGGGCUGAGGGCAUCAGGAGCGAGCCCGGGCUUGCACAGACUGUGCGUGAGCUGCUGGGCAAGCCCUGACUGAUGAUGCGCUGCUGCUGGUGUGUUAUAUUUCUAAUCGCGCAGCUUGAUGGGAAAAACUUGGAAGCUGCUUGUAGGUUUUGCUGUUGUGGUUGACAAAAAGAAUGCAUUCCUUGUCAUCUUCGUCAACCUUGAGGAUAGUCAGGGUCCUAAUUAGGGCUGCUCCGGCACUGAAG